CGGGAUUAUUCAUUAUUAUUAGUAGCCAUUGACGGCUGGAAGCAGGCGGAUGCCUACCGAUUCUCAUGCAGUGUUCCUGUCCACAGCUGCCCCAGUCAUUGGAGUGACUGAACUCCAUAUUGGACACGUCUUCCUGCUGGCUGGGAAGAUUCUCCCACGAGCAGGAUGCACAUCUAGACCGCCGGUCCAUGUAAGAAGAACAAGAAAAGAAAAAAAGCAAGAAACGUGAAGGGGGAAACGUGACGGGCUGCACGAGAGAUGCAGGUACAUGUAAGAGGCGCAUAAGCAAGUUCUGGGUUAGUCAAGAUGAGAACAUAUUAGCGGUGUGUUCGCACUCAAUCUGAGAACUGAGAUCUGG